CAAUGGCAGAUAACAUCUGUGUAGUGAGACCUAAAGAAGAUCACGUUGGCUAAUUAAAUAGCCUCGCGUCGUGACGUCACUUAACAACCAGCGUCAGUUUCAAAUAAUUUCGUACAGGUAAGACGCAAUUGUUAUUUUUAAUGUUAACGUUAAUUGGUCAUGCCGGUUAAAGUUUCAGUUUUGGGUCACAGUUAUGUCCGUAGGCUUGGGAAAGUCGUCAAUAGGAGGAAUUCUGGUUGGAAAAACCUCAGGUUGGACGAAUCUGAAGUUUUAUUAAAAUUUGUCGGGAAAGGUAGCGGCCGUGUGAACGAUUUAUUUCAGGGUCAGUUCCGUGAACAUUUGAAAUCAUUCAAGCCCAGUGUGGUUGUGUUACAAAUAGGAGGUAACGAUAUAGAUAGAACUGAGGUCGUACCGACAAAAAUAGCACGGCAUGUAAUUUCAAUUGUGGAAUGGCUUCUGUUAGGAUGUUCUGUAUGGCAUGUCUGCAUUAUGCAGUUGUUGCCUAGAUUAGAAACUCGGUAUCUGCCCACGUCAGUUUACAAUCAAAAGGUAAGAGAGGUUAACCAAAGCAUCAAGUCAUUGGUAGCUGAUAAUGCUAAUGUGACCUAUCAUAAACACAGAGGUUUAAAGGAAAGUCCGGUUGAUAUAUUUUGCCGCGACGGAGUUCACCUGAACGCUUUGCACGGGAUCCCUAAGUAUUUGAGGAGCGUACGUGGGGCGGUGAUUUCAUCAUACCGUACUGUCGGCAGGUGUGCCACAUAAUGCCACCGCAAAGCAAACGAAAAUCGGCCGUGGGAAACAAGUCUCUAGCAAGACCAACAAGGCGGCGGUCUGCAAGGGGACCAGCAACCGUUGAGGAGACUGUGGAGCCAUUCACAUCACAGAUGUCUGAGACAACAACAACGGGUCCAGAUGUGUCGGGGCAAUCCACAUCACAGAUGUCUGAGACAACAACGGGUCCAGAUGUGUCGGGGCAAUCCACAUCACAGAUGUCUGAGACAACAACAACGGGUCCAGAUGUGUCGGGGCAAUCCACAUCACAGAUGUCUGAGACAACAACAACGGGUCCCGGUGUGCCGGGGCAAUCCACAUCACAGAUGUCUGAGACAACAACAACGGGUCCCGGUGUGUCGGCAAUUGCUGCUGAGGUGAUACGCCAAUUGAAGGAAGAGGGUUUGGUCCUGCGACAAGCUCCGUCAGCAACAGGAACCAGCCCAGCUGCUGCUAAAGAUGUUAGAUCGGGGCCGCGUUUCGGGGAAGUAAUUUCUACCGCACCAGCGCCCAGUACGUCACAGGAACAGCCAACAUUUAUCACUGGUGCCAUAGAGCAACUGACAAGUACGGCAGCACAGGGUCGUGAUGAUUAUUCAAUUAAUGGUUUGAAUGGUAGCAUCUCCCGCCCUCUUGAUAUAAAUGUUGACGUUCGUCACAAAGAAAAAAUUUGGUCUGACCAGUUUGUUGAUUUUGGUCAGCUUUUGCAAAAUCGACCCAUUGAUGAGUUUGACAUUUCUUUUCAAACGAAUACUUUUUCGUUGAUCCCGAAAUCAAGACCAGUACCUAUUCGGUCUAUGGAUGUUUGGAAUUCGGCAUUCCAAAUAUAUGUCACAAUCGUAGUGAAGACCAGGCCGGAUUUGGCAGUUUCUUUGAUGAAAUAUGCAAAUAUCGUCCAACGGUUGAAGCAUGUCUGCAAAGCCUGUGGUGGACCCCAUUCCUUUCGAAAAUGCUCAAAAUUCGAUAAAGCAAAUUACACCAAUACCGCAGCACCUCAUAAUUCAGCAGCAAACCAAAAAACAGGAUCCAGUCAGCAGAGUAACGCCCGUUAAAUUUGACUAUUUGCGUCCCUUCUUAAAAGGAUAUGAUUCAGAAUUAGUACAGUUUUUAGAAGCAGGAUUUAAGAAUGGCUUUUCAUUGUGUUAUAAUGGACCUCGGGCAUAUAGGUCUAGUCCAAAUUUAAAAUCUGCUAUAGAAAUGCCAGGUGUUUUGAUGAAAAAAAUUAACAAAGAAAUAGAGUUGGGUAGGAUUGUAGGACCCUUUAACACACACCCUUUUGCCAACUUACAAAUUUCACCUUUAGGGCUAGUUCCCAAGAAAGAACCAGGGGAGUAUAGGGUUAUUCAUCACCUGUCCUAUCCUUUAGGGUCUUCAAUUAACGACGGGAUUUCUGAUGAACAUAAAUCAGUACAAUAUGAAACUUUGGAUAAGGCCAUAUUUCAAAUUAACCAACUGGGACAAGGGGCGUUGAUGGCAAAGACUGAUAUAGAGUCUGCUUUUAGAAUUAUUCCGAUAAGCCCAUCAGAUUAUGAAUUCUUAGGUAUGGAAAUAGCAGGGUUAUAUUACUAUGAUAGAUGUCUACCCAUGGGUUGUUCCAUUUCAUGCCAAUUAUUUGAAAAGUUCAGCUCUACUUUACAUUGGAUAAUGGAAAACUAUUUUCAGGCCAGGUUCGUAGUUCAUGUUUUAGAUGAUUUUUUAUUUAGGAAGGACUUUCCUUUGGCACUGUCACUAACCCUAACCCUAACUCUAUGAUAAGUAUUUAUAAUGUUCUUUAUACGUGACAGUGCCAAAGGAAACUCCUACCCGGAAUUAAAAUAAAGCAAGAGAAAACUGUUGAGCCCACUACAUGUAUUACGUUCUUGGGGAUUGAGUUAGACACUGACUUGAUGGUAGCCAGAUUACCGCUAGACAAAAUCGAAAAAAUAAAAACAUCACUACAGGCAAUCCUAGGCAGGGAAAAAGUGACACUUAAAGAAUUACAGUCAUUGAUAGGUUUAUUAAACUUCGCAUGCAGAGUGAUAGUACCUGGCAGAACAUUUCUGCGGCGAUUGAUUAAUCUAACUUGUAAGAUUUACAAUCCAGGUCACCAUAUUCGGCUGUCUAAAGAGGCGAAAUUAGAUCUGAAGGUGUGGACAAUGUUCAUUGAACAUUUCAAUGGGACUACUAUGUUUUUGCCAAAUAGUUGGGAGUCGUCAGAACAACUACAAAUGUAUACAGACGCUAGUAAUGUGGGGUAUGGCGCCAUAUUUGGCAAACAUUGGUUAUAUGGUCAGUGGGAUGAACAUAUGUUGCAACACCAUAUUAACAUAAAGGAAUUAUUUCCAAUUGUUCUAGCUUUGGAGCACUGGGGACAGCAACUGGGUAAUAAAUCAGUUUUGUUCUUUUCUGAUAAUAAUACAGUGGUAGCGAUAAUAAAUAAACAAACAUCGCCCAAUACCGUAAUGAUGGGUCUUGUCAGGAGAUUGGUAUUAGCAGCCUUGAGAUUCAAUAUUCAUUUUAGAGCCAAACAUAUACCAGGAAAACUAAAUGUACUGGCUGAUUACCUGUCUCGUUUACAGGUGGCAUACUUUCACCAAGCAGCCCCACAGAUGGACAGAAUUCCAACCACAGUUCCACAGCAGUUAUUGCGCAUUUAAACGAGACAGUCCUUCGACUCAUUGAUGCAGCACUAACUGAUAAGUCUAAACAGUUAUAUCGUAGAGCAUUCAGUUUGCUACAACAAUUCAUACACACAACGUUGCAUAUGCAGUGCUCCAUGCCAAUUAGUGUACAUACAGUGGCAUUAUUCAUUGCCCACAUGGUGGACAUUGACUUUGCUAGUUCAACCAUCACAACUUAUAUGUCAGCUAUAGGAUAUAUACAUAAGUUGGGGGCCUUUAAAGAUCCCACACAGUUUUUCAUUAUUCGGAAAAUGCUAGCAGGAUUAAAGAAAAUAAAUAAAAGACAAGAUUUCAGGCGCCCACUGACAAAACAUAUAUUGUAUCAAAUUAUAAAGGCUCUGGAUGAAGUUUGUCCAACAAGAUACAACAAACUUAUGUUCCGGUCAAUGUUUUUACUUGCUUUUCAUGCAUUUUUGCGCAUUGGGGAAAUCACCUACAGUGGAAACAGUAGGAAUAUUCUACAGACAAAGAAUGUGCAAUUCUUCAAAAAGGGUUUGCAAAAUCCUUCCAGAGUGGAGAUAAAUUUUCACUCUUUCAAGGGUCAUUAUCACACUGCCCCAAUUACCCUAUCUCUUAAUGCUCAAGCGAUAGAGGAAUUUUGCCCAGUACAUACUUUAUACAGGUAUCUACAUCUUCGAGGUUCUUCUCCGGGUUGUAUUUUUGUAUUCCCGGGAGGAUCUACGGUUUCUUACAGAUAUUUUUGCAAUAUAUUGAAAAAUGCAUUGCUUGCAGCAGGAUACAGGUCCGAACAUUACAAAAGUCACAGUUUUAGAAUAGGUGCUGCUAGCACCGCUGCUAGUCAAGGGGUAUCAGAGGCAGAGAUACAAGCUAUGGGCAGGUGGAAUUCUAACGCGUUUAAGCGAUACAUUAGAAUCCCAUCUUUCGAAUUAUAGUGAAUUACAGUUUACACUACUAUCAUACAGGCAGUGGCAUCGGAUGCAUGGCAUUCUUGUGGCUUACUGUAUGGAAAUCCUACUUUUACUGAGUUGAAUGCAUGGGAUUUUCUUACUUUAAUAGCUAAAACUAACUUACUGCGUCGAAUGCAUGGCAUUCUCGUAGCUUCUUACAUAAAAAUAAAAAUGUGUUGAUAAAACAUGCAUUCUCACACCUCAAUAAAAAAAACUGCGUCGGAUGCAUGGCAUUCUCGUAGAUUAUUGUAAAAGGGAACGUGUGUAUUUAAAGGUUCUUGUGAAUCAACCCUAGAUUGUAUGUACUUACUAUUAUUAAUAGCUUUAAUAAACCCAGUGCUGUCGUGGAUCAUUGUAUCGUAUUUUUUAUUCUGAUGGGUGUUUCGAUUCAGGUUAGGCUGAUAUGGCCUUUCAAGUCCGCCAAACUGCUGUGGGUGGGGGUUGCUAGUUUCAGCUAUUGCCGGCUGGCAGUAGCUUAUCUAGCAAGGUGACGGAUUUCCCCCACCUACAACAGUGCUUUUCGCAUUUAUUAUGUAAUGUUACUAUGUCAUUUCACUUUCCUGAACACCUACUUUUGUCAGGUGUUUACUAUUACAUAAUGUGAUGUGAUGUUAUAAUUUUAUGUCGUUUUUAAUAAAACGGCCAUUUCAAUCUAA